AUGGGGAAGCGCAAACCCCACCCCGCCGGCCGUCCACCAAAGAAAGCCACACCCACCGAAGAAGAUACAGAGAAAGGAACAGUCUUCUUCUACAUGCCCAACGAAAAGCCCUACGGCAUAUUCUGCCAAUGGCACCCAAGCCCCUUCACCAUCCCCAUCGCAUCACUCCAAUGGCUUGUCGACCUCGCUCCACCACCACCCCCUUCUACCCCAUCCACCUCCACCACAACCACUCCAGCACCACCCAUCUCAGCAUCCUCCAUCCUACAAACCCACGCCACCACCACCCCCACCAACCCAACCCCCUUCCUCCCCUUCACCUGCGCCGAACAAUCCUACAUGUACUGCAAAUCCCUCUUCUUCUCCGACUCCGCCACCUGCACGCUCAUCCUCUCCGCCCCAGACCCAAAAACGCAGAAAAAACACG